UUGUCUCUGCCUAAUCUCGCUCUGUUCUUCGUUGUAUAUAUUAUUCCCGUAUAGUUUUUUAUCCUUGCAUGACAAUUAAGUUUAUGCUAUGUAUCCUACGAGCAUCUGUAUCGACACAGUAAACACGAGAGACAGUUCUUAAAAGCUGAAAGAGAGAGAAGUGUGACUCGCCCUGUGCGGUGUGUCUGUUCAUUUUUCUCCCCUGUUUCUUGACCAUUUCGCGAUUUCUCUCUAUCUUCUGUUCCUUCCACAUUAGAUAGAGACUCUCUCAUGGUGAAUGAAACUCGGGUGGUAGAACGAUUAAUUUACGUGUAAGAAACAUUUUGGUUGUUUCGUGAAACAUCUUAUUUUAACUAACAUAAAAAAAUGGCUGUUGCUGCCAGGGCAUUGUCAAAAUUUACAGCAAGGACACCAACCAGUCUUUUGGGUAGUCAGAUAAGAUUCAAUUACACUCAAACGAGAAAAAAUUUGAAAAUCGACUCGAACACGAAAGUAAUAUGCCAGGGUUUUACGGGAAAGCAGGGAACUUUCCAUUGUCAGCAGGCGAUUGAUUAUGGCACCAAAGUUGUCGGUGGUGUCAGCCCCAAGAAAGCAGGCACGGAACAUUUGGGCAAACCUGUUUUUAAAACAGUCAAGGAGGCAAAGGAUGCCACUGGUGCAACAGCUUCUGUAAUUUAUGUUCCUCCCCCUGCAGCUGCAAAUGCAAUCAUGGAGGCUCUCGAUGCAGAAAUGCCCCUGAUUGUUUGCAUUACCGAGGGCAUUCCUCAACACGACAUGGUGAAGGUCAAGAGGCGGUUAUUGGAACAGGGCAAAUCACGUCUUAUAGGACCUAAUUGUCCUGGAAUCAUAGCACCUGAACAGUGUAAAAUCGGUAUUAUGCCCGGACAUAUUCACCAAAGAGGAAAAGUGGGUAUUGUCUCGAGAUCUGGAACCUUGACAUAUGAGGCUGUAAACCAAACGACAUUGACCGGACUUGGACAAACCCUGUGUGUAGGUAUUGGUGGAGAUCCUUUCAAUGGUACUGAUUUCAUCGAUUGCCUUGAAGUUUUUCUGGCCGAUCCGGAUUGCAGCGGUAUUAUCAUGAUCGGCGAGAUCGGUGGUAGUGCCGAGGAGUCUGCUGCGGAAUACCUCAUCGAGCAUAACACUGGAGCGAAGGCAAAGCCCGUAGUUUCCUUCAUUGCUGGUGUCACUGCUCCUCCGGGCCGUAGAAUGGGUCACGCCGGAGCUAUCAUUUCUGGAGGAAAAGGUGGAGCACAAGAUAAAAUUCUUGCUCUUGAAAAGGCGGGUGUUAUAGUAACGCGAAGUCCUGCACAAAUGGGUCGUGAAUUAUUGAAGGAAAUGACCCGUCUCGGACUCGUUAGCAAAUAAAUUCAAGAAAGAAAGAAAAAUGUUCUGUAAAAUUAUGUAGUUUCUCUCCAUGUCCGUGUAUCUUCGAAGAAAAGAAACAAAACAAAAAAAACGAUAAAAAUUAUCACUAAACCUAUAAUCUGUACUGUGACGAGAAAGCUACGAUAAAGGAGAAACAAAAAAAGAUAAUGAGAAUGAAAGAAAAAUACGGAUGUUGAAAUUAUUGGAAAUCCAUAAUAAAUUAUUCUAAUCGAAAUGUGAACGUGUUUAACGCACGGAUUUUAUCUAUAAAAACGUUCAAGAGAAAAAACGUGAAUUUGCCUUCACUUGACUUUACUCUCGUACACUCAUUGCAGAACGACCUAUCGCAUCAAAUGAUGAAUACCAUUAAUUAUUCGAUUUUUAUCGUGUAUCCGAGUCUCAUACAUCCUGAGGCGUAGCCUGUACCGUCCGGGACUUUAAACUGUUGCUUCACAUUGCCAAAACCUUUUUUUCAUACUUUUCCUCAGAGCAUAUUUCUAUUCACCAUUGUUUAAAUACAAUACAUACGCUUAUUGUAAAUCAUGUUAAUUAUUGAAUAAAGCCGUUAUAGCCUAA